AUGAAACAUCGCACUUUCCAGAUCAGUGCACCGAAACGACCUAAUAGCAGCAAUAUGUUUGCCACACGGAUUUCCGGCCUCACCGCUACCAUUGUUUCAGUUGGAACUAUUAUCGUGGCAUUCUUGUAUAUUCCGCUGAUUAUCAUGAAAAUAACCGAAAUGAACGAGAGGUCCUCGCAUCUGAUAAGAAUUUCAGAAUGUCAAAGAUCGAAUCCCUGUUCUUCACCAGGACUGCCAGGAAAACCUGGCGAAGAUGAAAUGCCUGGUAAACCAGGAAUAUCUGGAACUCUAGGACUAUCUGGAAAUGCCAUUCCAGUCACAGCCAAUUAUAGCAGCAACUGUCGACUAUGUUCCCGAGGACAGCAAGGUUCUCCUAGCCUACAGGGACAAGAAGGCACUUCAGGACCAGGACGUAUUGGUGAACCAGGAAGAACUGGUUAUGCAGGUGUUCCUGGAGUAACUGGAGAAAUGGGUGCACGCGGUAAAUCUGGUGAGCCAGGAUCCGUUGGAUUAAAUGGGACAUGUGGUCAAAAAGGUCUACCUGGGAAAAAAGGCGAGCCAGGUUCAUUUGGAAUAAGAGGUCUCGAAGGGUAUCGCGGACGAGCAGGAUAG